GCCGACGGUUCUCAUAUAGAUCUGACUGCUGUCGUCAUGUACAACAAUCCGAUUAUCCCCGGAUUUAAUCCCGACCCUUCCGUAAUUCGCGUGAAGAAUGACUUUUUCCUCGUAACCUCUUCCUUCGAAUACUUCCCCGGAGCUCCGAUAUACCACAGCACUGAUCUGAUACGCUGGACCCUGAUCGGCCACGCACUGACCAGGCGCAGUCAGAUCCACAUCCAGACCCCCGAACCUGGUGGUGGAGUUUGGGCCACCACCCUACGGUACCAUGACGGUGUGUACUACAUAAUUGCGGCCAGCUUUGAACGCUAUCGCCCGCAGGAUGAUGAUCGGGUUUGGCCGCGCGGGUUCUACGUGAAGACAGAGAACAUCUGGGAUUCAGAUUCCUGGUCUGACCCGGUGUUUUUCGACCAGGUCGGAUUUGAUCAGGAUCUGUUCUGGGACGAUGACGGCACAGUUUACCUAUCAUCGACCUAUCGCAAGCUGAAUAGAACGCCGAAUGCAAAUCUUAAAGACUUCGCCAUCCAUAUCGCUACUGUCGAUCUUGCCAGCGGGGCCUCCACAUCCGAACCGAGGCUCAUCCGAGAUUCUACCUCCGGCGUCUCGGAGGGAUCGCAUAUAUUCAAGCGCGGGAAAUACUACUAUCUUUUCACCGCUGAAGGGGGCACAGAAAGCGGCCAUUGCGAAUGGGUGAGCCGCAGUGAGACGGGCCCGUUUGGUCCGUGGGAAUUGGGACCGAGUAACCCACUCUGGAGGAAUGGGAUCAAUGACGAGGUGCAAAAUACUGGGCAUGCAGACUUGGUGGAAGACGCACAGGGAAGAUGGUGGGCUGUUUUGCUGGGUGUGCGACCGGUGCGGAAGGAUGGUUACUGGGAGGAGUCUGUUUUUGGUACCUUUGCUCAUUCUUUGCUUGACAUAUGCUGCAGAGCUAACUCAAUGGCUACGACGACAAUAGGCCGCGAAACAUUUCUGAUACCCGUUGAGUGGAAGGACGAUUGGCCGAUUUUCAAUGGGGGCAAUAAGAUCUCUCUCAAAUCCCAAAGUCCACACCUUUAUGAGUACCAAGAUCCUGUAGCAUGGAGAGAUGAUUUCUCGAGCCCAGAAUUACAACUAGGCUGGUACCGCAAAAACACCCCCACGAGAACAGAUUACUCCCUUGUAGAACGACCAAACCACCUCCGUCUACACGGAGGGCCAUAUAACCUCUCCGUCCCCAGUUGUCCGACUCUAUUUCUUCGGAAACAAACUCAUCACUACUGCACGUGGGAAACACAAUUAUCUUUCAAUCCUCAGUCGCCACAUACAGAAGCUGGAACUGUCGUCUGGUGGAACUACUUCACUUACAGCAGUAUAGGGAUCAGACUCUCCCCUACGAAGGAAGCGACACGAAUUGUGCGCUUCCGGCCGGCUAAAGGAGAGGUCAUUGAUCGAGAGCUUGAAAGUGCAGUGUCGGAUGUUGUGUUCUUCAUCGAAUGCGGGGACCAGUAUAGCUUUGGCUUCAGAGAGGUGAACGGCGCUCAUUCCGAGACCCAGUGGCUAGGAGAGGUUCAGAACAGCACAAUGACUCAGCCGCCACCAGUUGGAGCACCUUUUACCGGGAUAAUGCUCGGACUGUACGCCUUCGGAGAACGGCAACGCUGUUUGGUUCCGGCAGACUUUGCGUAUGCCGAGUUUAGAUGA